AUGAUAUAAUAGAAAAAAUAUUUCAAAAUUCUUGAAAAAUUUUUAAACUCUUCAUUAUAAUCUCACUCAGAUCUCCAUAUUUAUUUUCCGCACAGUAAAAUUAAUCCAAUUGUUGCAUUAAGCUUAGGUUCUGCUUUAAAAAAGUGCACUAACCUCUCAAAUUUGAUACUUGUAGUUUGUUUUAAUGAAAUUGGUGCUGAAGGUGCUUCAGAGUUAGGCUCUAGUUUAGCAAAGUGCAAUAAUCUCUCAAAUUUUUCACUUGAUAUUCGUCAUAAUAAAUUAGGUGCUAAGGGUGCUUUAGAUUUAGGUUCUGCAUUAGCAAAUUGCAUUAAUCUCUCAAAUUUGACACUUGAUAUUGGUGGAAAUUAAAUUUAAGAUGAAGGUGUAUCAGGCUUAAGUGCUGAAUUAGCAAAGUGCUCUAAACUCUCAAAUUUGAAACUUUAUCUUGAUGACAAUUAAAUUGGUGCAACUGGUGCAUCAGGCUUAGGAUCUGCUUUAGCAAAGUGCACUAAUCUCUAAAAUUUAGAACUUCAACUUGAUUACAAUAUAAUUGGUGAUGAAGGUGCAUCAAGUUUAAGUUUUUUUUUGAAAAAGCUUGCUAAUCUGUCAAAUUUAACACUUAACAUUAUUAACAAUAAAAUUGGUAAUGAAGGUGUAUCAGGUUUAGGAUUUGCUUUAACAAAUUGUUCUAAGCUCUCACAUUUUAUACUUAAUUUUAGUUAUAAUUAAAUUGGUGGAAUUGGGGUAUAAAAUUUAGUGUCUGCUUUAGCAAAGUGCUCUAAUCUCUCAAAUUUGUCACUUAAUUUUAUUUCCAAUUAAAUUGGAGAUGAAGGUAUAUCAAACUUAGGUUCUGCUUUAAUUAAUUGCAUUAAUCUCUAAAAUUUAACACUUAACCUAGAGCAAAAAUAUUCCAAUUAAAUUGGAGAUGAAGGUAUAUCAGGCUUAAGUUCUGCUUUAAUUAAUAGCAUUAAUCUCUAAAAUUUAACACUUAGCCUCGAUGAAAAUUAAAUUGGUGCGAUAGGUGCAUCAAACUUGGGUUCUGGUUUAGCAAACUGCACUAGUCUCUAAAAUUUAGAACUUUAUCUUGAGUAAAAAAGUUGA